AUGUCAAAUUUGGAAUUGCUUCAUACUGGAUUUUCAGCAAUCUUUGGUGAAGGUGGGCUCCCUUCGAGUGAUAUACACGAACUGUCCGAAACAACUUACACAAAGAUGCAACCACUGGAGAUGCCUCUCCAACAUGGCCUCCCUUGGAGUCAGAUACACGAACCGUUCGAAGAAAGUUACACCGGGAUGCAACCUUUUCCAUCUCUGGGAGCAAGUAGAGGUAGUAUCGACCCCAGAGGACUUGAUCCCCAAUACGAUUUUUAUUUCAGUGAUGUCAAAGAUGAUGGUAAGAAAUACAUGAGAGGAGGGCAUCAAUAUCAUCGACCGUACGGUUGGAAAAAGAUAGCAAUCAAAGUUCGGGCGGUUUCGUAUCACGGCACGCAGGUCUCGAAAGCCCGGAAGAUAGUCAAAGAAGACCUUAAACCUGGUCCCAGAGCAAAGUUUGGUCCAGGCGUCUACAGCAGCCCUAGUCUGGAAAUGGUUGAAAAGAUGUAUUCACGGCCAUUCCAGUUUGAGGGGAAAAACUUCAAAAUUGCCUUUCAGAAUCGUGUCAAUUCUAGGCGCGUCCAAAUCAUCCCUGCUACACAAACAGAAGUUGGAGCGGACUACUGGCUCACGCAGAAAGACGAUAUUCGUCCCUAUGGUGUACUUAUUAAAGAAAUUAAAGAAGUAGAAGAAUUUAAAGAAGAAAGUUGUACGCUUUUUUAAACCAUUCCUGAGCUCACAAGAUGUAUUUUAGAUCGUGACCCUCAGGCAAGUUUACUGAAUCGUAUUUGCUGGUAGCUUGAUUGUUUUAUGGAUAAAGUUUUCUUUCAAUUUCAACUUUGCUGUUCGCGGGUUGAUUGUUUAUUCUUCACUUGGGAGAACAUUGUUAGCAUUCAAAAUAUAGUAUGAAAUCAUAUUAAACUUGAAGCCACAGUGGCCAUCAUUUGGGCUCGCCUCUAUGAUGGGGGUGUUAAGCUUUCGUAGCAAGUCACAUAGAGAGACCGUAAAAACCCUCGCGGUUUACUUUAGUUCUUCAAUCGCCUCCCGAUACAUGUAAAUAAGGUGGACCAAAGUGGCCGGGUAUUCCGAAGUACUUCAACAAAUUUUCAGGACAUGCCGAUACGAUGGAAACACAAGUUUUUUAGCAAUAUUUCGAGACCAUUACGCAAAGUCAAUUUCGUAAUCAACCCUGACGCAAGGAGGGAAAUUUAUUGGUAGAUAUUUAUUUUUUAUAGAUUUCAUGGUUAUUCAAACAUUGUUAAAAUCUAUUACUGAAAAAGAAUUGCCAAAAAGCAAUGAAAACUCUCCAUGGCUUCCCAUGGUUGACGUAAAUGUUUGUCAUCUAACUUUGGCUUCAGAGGAAUGUUGCUGCAACGUUCUAGAAUACACACCAAGAUGCUUAAUUUUAUCUAGUCAUGUUUAGUCGAGCUGAUGCUGAAUAUGAAUGCAAAUAUAUAGUAUAUUCCAGAC